UUGUGCUUCUCCCCUUUUCACUGUUCGCUGUCAGUCCAAGAGAGAGUGGAGUUUGAGAGAUUGAUAUCUGUGCACUUUAGACGUCCUGUCCCUCUUCGUCUCUCUUCCGUAGGUAUCAGCUAUGGCGGCUGCUGUGUCCGUUGCUACCGCCACUUUGGCGAUUCUCCUUCUCCUCGCUCCUUUCUAUGUAGCCGCAGAAGUAGACACGAGCGCAGGUGACGCUCUAAUCAGCGCCAUCACCAAUCACUGCUGUCUUAAGAAGUUCUACUACGCCUUACAGAUCUCUCGCGUCGARUCUCGUCUGCGUGACAGCGUGAAUCAAGGUCCCAUCACKGUUUUCGCUCCGACCGAUGAUAGCUUCAUGAAGCUGGAUCCCGAGCUGUGGAGGUGCGCUACCACUGGCCAAGGGCCGCUUGACGUUCUGAGUCAGAUUAUGCUGUACCACUUCGUGACUUCGGGGAACUUCACUGCUGCGGAGGUGGCGACGAAGACACAGCUGACCUCUGCCUCCGGCAUGCCCAUUGACGUCAAGGACGUUAACGGGAAUGUCGUUCUCGAAGGUUACGCGGCAAUCACGGGCCCGGACGCUUUGACGUCGCCUAAUGCGACUGUGCACCUCAUCGGCGAACUUCUUGUGCCGGAGACGAUCGUCAGCACCAUCCAGAACGUGUGCCGUCCUGGACCUGCAUCAGCAUCUCUUCCGUCACCUGGCCUGUAAGCUAUUUAUAACGAUGGGUGAGUAAUCACUGCAGUCGUGGGAAACACCGUUUUGCUAUCUCUGAGGAUGGUGACCGAUGGAAGAAUAGGAUUAAAUAACUUUGGUGGCUUUGGUUGGAAGAUAGCAGUGAAGUUAGUGAGAUUUCAUGUAGUUUGCCACAGGAAUAAGGAUCCUGGGUACCAUCGAGAGCCUGUGCUUCGCUGAAUUCUACACCAGCAUCUCGUCCGGCAACAAACCUGGCAUGUAAGC